AUGACCUCACCACUCAAAAAAUCCAGCGAGAUCAAUGCCGUGGAGAAUGUUGGUAGUUUUAAAGACACGCCCCUGGCCGAUGCGCCACACAAAGUGCACACACAGGCAUCAAGCACGCCCGUAUCUACAGUAGUAGCGAAUUGCGGUGCAGAAGAUACAGUGGUUACUCCAACAGACGCCAGGUUAAGAAAUAGACCGGAAAUGAUCAAGAACGAGGCAAUAGGUAAACCAAGUAAUUCAAACAGCUCCGCACCACGCCCUGCCGGCUAUAGUAGUGGCUAUGAUACAGAUGUGGGCCAGUCCGAGGGUUUAAAUACGGCUAGCACGAACAGUGCCGCAUCACUGAGGAGUGAUGGUUUGGUGAAAAUGACGAGCUCGGGCAUGUUUGUCGACGAGUUGUUUAAAAAAGCAGAUGCUGACGGUCGACUAACCUCGUAUGUUUGGUAUAUUUGUGCAGGGAACCAAUGA